AUGGUAGUUGUGUGUGGGGGACCAGGGAGGGGCGAAGAACUAAUUGUCGCCCCAGACAACUUGAUUCAGAAUUCAAUUAUGUUCGUUUCAUUUCGUUUUCGUCACCCAGCCCACAUGACGGACGCCCCCCUUUUCAGAGUGAUGGAUCAUGGUGUCCAGCCCCACCAUGCCAGCCAGCUCAUAGCAGAGGACGUAGCAUACAAGGGCUUUACUACAUCCACCAAGCCUGGAGACUGGUGCACGGCAAUAAAGUCCUCCAACGUUUUGCUGGGCCCUGAUUUUGAAGCGUGCAUCACUGAUUACUCCAACCCCCAAUCUGACGUUUAUGCCUACGGCGUUUUGUUGCUGGAACUUCUGACGGGGAAGCCUCCUUCGGAGCACCCUUUAUUGGUGCCCACCGAUAGGGUGAGUUGGGUGAAAUCCGUGCGGGAAGAUAACGGAGGGAAAGACAACAGAAUGGACAUGCUUGUUGAGGUCGCUACUACUUGUAGCUUGACCUCCCCUGAGCAGAGGCCCACUAUGUGGCAGGUCCUGAAAAUGUUGCAGGAGAUUAAAGAGAUUGUAUUAUUGGAGGAUAGUGCGCAUUAG